CGCUUCACUCUGGUAUCUGAACUGAUAAAUGUGAAAUAUCAUCUGAAUUCAUUUGUGUGAUUAAUUGUCAGUGCAAGAAAAUGGAAGUUUCUGAGCAGAUGCUUGAUGACUACAAGAAAAACGGAUAUGUGAAAGUAACUCAGAUGUUCAACAAAGAAGAAAUAACACACAUAGAAAAGGCGAUUAUAGAUGGAAACAUAGCAUCCCAUGGAUAUGGAGCAAAGGACGGUGAAGGCGGUGCAAUGAAUAUGGUUUUAUGGUGGCAUCCCGGAAAUGACGUCACAGGAAUGGUUGCAAGGAGCAGCAGGAUCGUAACUGCUUGUGAAAAGAUUUUGGGCGAGGAAGUAUACCAUUACCAUACAAAACUAAUGAUGAAGCAGCCAAAAACGGGAGGCAAAUUCAUUUGGCACCAAGAUUACGGAUAUUGGUAUAACUUCGGAUUCCUGUUCCCAAACAUGAUGACAGUUUUCAUAGCUGUUGAUCCGUGCAAGAAAGAAAACGGAUGUCUGCAGGUAUUGAAGGGUUCCCAUUUGUGCGGAAGAAUCAACCACAAGAAGCAAGGAUACCAAGUUGGUGCUGAUUUAGAUAGGAUUGAAGUCAUUGAAAAGUGCUGCCCUAAGGAAUACGUGGAGAUGGAUCCAGGAGACGUGCUAUUCUUUGACUGCAACUUACUUCACUGUAGCAGUGAAAACCUUAGUGCUGAACGGCGAUGGGCGUUCCUGUGUGCGUACAGCAGUGUGACCAAUGCACCAUUGACCAAUCAUAAACCGUCAUUGUACACCCCAUUGGAUACGGUUCCUGAUUCAGCGAUUCUGGACUGCAAGCAGUUUCAACCGAACGAUGAGGAGAAGCUAUUUUACAAUCCAGAAACAGAUGUGUUAGACGAUCUGCCAUUCAAACAGAACACAGAAGAGGGGAAAGAAUGA